UCAUAGAUUAGGUACCCGCCGAAAAGCUCACGGUCACGGACAUAUAUAGUGAAAUCAACAACGAAGUCUGUAAGAAAAAGAAUAAUCUUGUUUUUUAUGUUCAAAAAUUUAAAAAUUUAUAAAUUUGAAGAUCGGAAAAUUUAAAAAAAGAAUUAGAAAUUUAGGAAUCAGAUUUGAAAAUUUGAAAACUUGCUUACACUUUUACUACAGUUUGAAUCUGACAGUUGAUUGUAACAUUCCCGCGCUGAAUUGAUUUAAAGCUUCACUAAAAAUAUUUCUAAAUGUCUGAUUCAAUUUUGAUUAUAACUUACGUUAUCAGAGGGUAAGUAAUAUGAUAGACAUACGAGACAAAAUGAACCGCGCCCCGAAUCGUCACACAAUUGGCUGUUACCAUUCGAGCUUGGACCAAUAGUAGGGCUGAGGUUCUGCAACGGGUCGCGACGGUGAACCAGUGUGGUCACGUAAGCCCACCAUACCGCAUGGUGGAUAGAUGUUUCCUUUAACUCGACGUUGUAUAAAAUGUUAUAAUCGUGUAUUGUUGUUAUUUUGCAAAAGGGAACAACGAUCCUGUGGAACAACAAUUUUCAGUCGUGCACACGAAUAUUGGCACAUGUUUGUUAUUGUCUGAACAUCGUUGGAAUACAAUCGAAUCAUAAUACACGCAAUUCAGGAGAAAUUGGAGCUUUCAAUAUUUGCUCCUUGAUAUUAAAGUACAGUUGAAAAUGAAGUGGUCACCAGGUGCUUUGUUUUGUGAACAAGUUGGUGAACUCACUCGAGUAUUUUCACAAUGGAACGAGUGUGAACAAACUGUGGUACUAUAUGCACUACUUCGUCGCAUUCCUGCAGUUCAAGCAAGGUUUCUUGCACAAGCAGUGCAGCAUUCCUUGCACUCUGUUUCUGAACUGGAUACACAAGAAUUAAAUGCCAAUAAUCCAGCAUUUAUUAAUUCACUGCUCUCAGAAUCGACCGAAGUUGCCAUUAAUCAACUUCUAACACAUUUGCCGUUAUUAAGGCCUGGGAAUAUAGAGUGCAAACAAUGCUACUUAGUAGCUAUACCAGAAUUAGUAAGCCACUGUGUGACUACUGGGCAAUAUACAGAACAAACUCAACAACUUUUAAGUUAUUGUUUGAUCCAUCCAGCUAUAACUAGUCAAGAUAGACGUUCUUUAACCCAAUGGCUUCGACAUCUUGAAGAACGUAUUAGUGGUACACCACCGAUACACAGCCUUGAGGAAUACACCAAUACUACUAUUAGAUGGGACAAUGCAUGGCAGAGAAAUUCUAAACAACAACAAACUGACCAAACAAGUUUAUUUGGUACACAACCAGGUACUGCCUUCAAUUUGCAAUUUCCCCCGCCUGUAACUCGCCAACGGCGAUCAAAUAGUCUAACACCACCGGUUGCACCUCCUCAUCAUUUAGAAGUCGUUGAUCGUACUAACAACGUAAAUUGUACAACGAGACACAAACCCCGAAGUUUUAGUGUCUCCGGAGAUCAUACAAGCAAUCUUAUUGGAUUAGGCCCAUUGAGUCCACAAAGCUCUUGUGCAAGUAGCGGUAGUGAAGGACGUUUGGACGAAACAUCUAACCGAUCACUUGCUAGUGGUAUGAGAGAUGUUCCAUCAUGGCUUAAAACUUUACGUCUUCAUAAAUAUAGUUAUCUAUUUGUUACUCUCAGUUACGAAGAAAUGCUACAAUUGACAGAAGAACAGUUAGCAGAACAGGGUGUAACAAAAGGAGCCAGACACAAAUUGGCCUUAUCUAUUGCUAAGUUGCAACAACGCUAUACGACGCUUUUAAAUUUAGAGAAAGAUUUAUUACAACCAACACGUGAUAACACACAGUCAGCGUCAUUUUUACAAGGGCCAACAGUACUGGUCAAUACAAUCGACGAAUUAAAAACAAUCUUAGCCACACCUAUGAAACCAAGCCAGGAAAAUGAUCCUCAAGACAUACCUGCGCAGUUUACUAAGGUUCUUGGUAAAUUGUGUAGCAGAUUGGCAUUGGAUAGCGUGGAUGACGGUAUUUUGUGCGCUUGUAUUAACAUAUUAGAGAAAAUAUUGCAGCAUGAUUGCUUUACUCCAAAUCAAAAAGAAAAGGUACAACAAUGGCGUAGCAGACUUGGAAAUCCACGACCAGCUCCAAAAUGGCAACAUAAUUAUGGAUAUAAUAACAGGAGGUACUGUAAUCCUCAACAGCACAAUAGAAAGCCAAGUUUAAACCUAGGACAUAUUCAUAAUACACAUCCGCAAAGCAAUUCUUUUGUGGUUAGCACUCACAGAAAUAGUAUAUCUACUCCGUAUUUACAAAAUAAUCAGAACCAAAGUGUAAAUCAGAAUACUUUACGUCCGGUCCAUGUAACCGAGAAACGACCUAGUUUACAAGAAUCUAGUUUACAGCAAUUACAAAGGACGUUACAACGUACAUAUAGCGCACCGAGGGAUCAUUUUCUCAGUCAAAGCGGUAACAACACAUCUGAAACGACAGAACCAGAGAUCAACUCUCGUCUCGAAUCUCUUUGUUUAAGAAUGACGGAGCAAGCUAUCGGAGGUUUCGGUGAGGCCUAAUAAAAUUCACUUUUGUUGACUGGAUCUACACAGAGUAAGUCCUCUUAAAAAGAAACAAAUGAAAAGAAAAAAUUUCUAAAGCGACACACAAAUAUACAUACACACAUAUACAAUGCGCGUGUGUCUGAGCUCCGUUUUUUAAAGCCGAAGGCAAGACUGACUUUCGUAGAUCUUGCGAAUGAAGAGUUCGACAGCUAUGAUAGUGCUGACAGUUGUACGUAUUCACGUACACACAUUCUCACGCUUUAAUAGCCCUACCAAAUGAAAAAUGUCCGACAUUUGAGACAUUACCAAGGAAACUCGGUUCGCGACGUCUGUAUGACAUUCGUGAAGGGAAAAACAACAAAAAAAAUAAUAUUUUUUAUUAUAUCCGAUGCAAUUAUAUACUAUUUAAUGAAACUGACAGAAUUUGGCAAGCCAAAUGCUAUUAGGAAGAUAGAUUCUUUCCUUAACUAUUUGCUGCAUCUAUAUAAAUGUAUUAUAUAAAGAAUAUAUAUGUAUACACGUAUGAUAGAAUUUUAUGGGAAGCGGAUAAAAAAAAAAUCAUAUAACGUAUAUUAGAAAAAAAGGGGGAUGAAAAAGGUACACCAUUAUUAUCGUGCGAUGUUUGCAAUAUUAUUUUUCGUGUUAUCCAUUUCGGGAAAUGGAAUUCGUCUGAUUUUAAGCGCCAGGACACAUUAUACUAAUGUAAUGUAAUUCAUUUUAAUGAACUGACUGAUUUUACUUCUUUUUAACAUUAUUAUUAUUAUUAUAUUAUUAUUUUUCAUUCUACUCUUAUCACCACCGCCGCUGUUGCUAUUACUAUCACUUAGGGAUGUGCAGGUGCGAGGUUCGAGUCGGGUAAUAUCGAGCAUAGUCGUAAAAAAUCUGGUCAAAAAUGGUGAGACUAAAUCCGUAGCGAAGAAAGUUUCCGCUUACCGCACGACGCUAUCGUCUUAAAAUACACAAAAUAUAUUCCUCGAAAUAUUUGAUAUAUCUGUAUGAAAAGUUAAGUCAGUUUCAAUUGGGCUAUAAAGUAUAAUAUAACAAGUAUCCAGAAAUUUAAAAGAUCGAAGGGUUUCAGAUUCAGUGUAAUAUUAAGAAGUCACUGUGAAUUGUUUAUAAAAGAAGAGGAAAUUUUGAUAUUUUUAUAUUGCAAUUUAUAGUCAACCUGAAACUGAUUUUCCUGGAGCAAUUUAUUUUCAGAAUAUUUUGUGAUAUUUUUAAUAGUUAUUCUGAAGUAUAUGUGAGACGGUCGUAGUAUUUUUGCUUCGUGACAAAUUUUGAAAGUAUAAAGAUAGUUAAAGAUCUUCACCGAAGUUUGCACACCUACGAUCGUGUGAAUGUGAUUCGCGUCUCCGCCUGAGUUACUCGAACCGACAACUUGGAUACAUUAAAUCACUCGCACAUCCCUAUCAUACUUUCUGUCUCCACCAUUCGUAUUGUUCCCAUCGAUAGGUUUUACCACUAUAAGUAUCCUUAUCGCUGUUCACGAUAUUAUUCUGAUCGUCGUUAUAAUUACCGCGUACUCUUACUACCACUGCUAUUUGUUUUUUUAGAACGACUAACAUGUAUGCUUUGACACCCGGUUACUACACUUUUGACCCUUAAUCGUUACCGCUGCUUCUACUAUCACCAUCCGCUACUAUGCUAUCUACUAUUACCACUAUACUACUAGUAGCACCACACUAUUACUACUAUCAGUAAUUGUAAUACUACUAAUUAUACUAUCUCCACUGUCGCGGUAUUAUUACUGUAAUUCUUCUUAGAGAAGAAAAGGCAUACUUAAAAAGAACGAUUCGUCACGCUUCGUUAUAUGCGUUGAAAAGAAUGAAGAACACUACCGUAACACGUUUUAAAUUCGCCUCUGCUAUUGCUCGGAAAUGAAAGCACAUUGUGGUGUGUAUGCUUCGUAGUUUGCGCACAGAUCUCGUGAUUUUUUAUACUCAUAUGCAACGAGUGAGAAAUGGGAAAAAUAAAAAAAAAUGAAAGACGAGGGGGGUGCGGGUAACCCGAUACGAUUCGGUAAAAUUCGGGAGAGGAACCUGUUGUGCUUGAAAUGUUAUUGUGGAGGUCCUAGAUCUCCCUAGAUUAUAUCUCUAAAUAACUAUGUCCCUAAAUGGACUCUAAUAUCAAUGUAUCUUUAAAUUCUUGAGUCUUCUUGGAGUCUUAUUUCUUGAAAUUAUUUUUGUUACAAUUUUAUAUGAGUUGAAACGAUAGCAACGCUGUGUGACUAGCGGAAAAUUUUGAUUCUCGCUAAAAUCUUUCAUCAGGUUCCCAGACGAGUUUUGCCGAAUGUCGCCCGUAAUGCCGGGUACCCGCGCCCUCAGAAAUUAUACAAUAACGGAUUUUAAAGGCCUUAAAGGGUGUAUCGAGCAAAUGCAUAAAAAGAGGGGUAUAAGACUAAUUACUAUAUACACGUAGUGAAAACACGCCGAGAUACAAAGAGGGUGGAAAAAACGCGGUAAACUUGCGUCGUACUUUUAUGACGCGACAUCGAAAUCUGUGGCUUUAAAUUAUAAGCAUACAUCAUACUACUCUGAAAUAUACAUAUGCACUUAUUAAGCAUCUUUUAAACGUAGCAUAAUAUUUUUUCGUGCAAGAUGAUAGGGAAAAGAGAGAAGUUAGGGAAAACGUGGUAAAACGAAGAAGGUUAAAUUUUCGUAAUUAAAUCUAGUAUUAGCGAUAAACCGAUAACGUAUCGAUAACACGCGAAACAAAGAAAUAAACGACAAAAAAAAAAUGAUAUAUACAAACGAAAGACUGAACAAUUCACGCGCCCGUGAGAGCCGUGAGCGAUGAAUUUUGGACGUUUUGCAUUCGUGUAUUAGAACGAGAGAGCUACACGGCCGCGUGAAUGAAAAACAAUUGGAAGACUGCGGAAGGAAAAAAACCUGUCAAAAUAUUAAGAAUUAGCGAAAAUGAGUGAGAGAGUGCGUGCGAGAGAGAGAAAGAGAGAGAGUGCGGUAUCGUGUUAAUUACGAGAGUAAUUGCUAGUUGUAUCUAGGUUGUAACGAUUUAUUCUAACGAUUAUAAUAAUCAUACUGGGACGAUAAAUUUACGUAAUGGCGUGCGGUGAUCUUUCGACUAAUUAAUUAGCCUGUUCGAGCGAGAAGAAUUUGUUUACACGACGAAUAUAGAUAGAACGAUCGGAAUACGAUGUUUUGCGGUGAUUAUUUGUUCCACCUUUUUUCUACAUCGCGACAAACAUGAACAUACACACACAUUUGUAUGGCAUACACGUGCACGAGUAUGCACGCAGGCGCUUGCUCACUAAGGAUGUUUGCUGGUAGCCCGUUGGCUGCACUGCCGAUAAGAAAAGGAUGCAUUUUGCAGUUAGAGCCGAUCAAAUUUUACGUACAUAUGCGUCUUACGGAUAUACAGGGUGUUUCAGUAAUCAAUCAGGAAAUUAAUAAGUUGAUCUUCAAACUGAAAUAAAAUAUUUAGUUUCAUAUGUCAGACAAAUUGUAUCUCUUUUUAAAAUGCUACAGAUUUUGUUUAAAGUAUUUUUUAAAUAAUCAAUGAGUUAUUUUAUGUAUUACUUAUUGACUUAUCCUGUAUAUCCUUCGGGUCAGCUUCAGAGACGUGGAACCGAACAGAGAUCCAAAUGUAUCUUCCUACGUUGUAAAGUAUGUUUUAGUUAUACAGAGUGUCUCAAUACUCGAGUACCACUCGUUCAAAUACCACUAGAAUUUAGAUCGGGUAUUCGAAUACCGGUAGAAAGAUACUUUCGGGUUUCUCUCCGAUCCGAUCUUUUCCGAAGCGAUCCGAGAUCGUAAUCUCGGGUACCCGCACAUCCGUAUUGCUCACACAUUCACUCGUGUUCAUGCACAUUAGGAACAAACAAGUGUGUACUGGCGUUAGGCAUUAGGGUGCUUGUUAAGAAUAAUGUGAUAAUUUGUAAUCUGAACAAGGACGGUGUAUUGUUGGAGACACGCUCGCUAACAAAAUCAUGAACUAGAAUGCGGACUAUUGAUUUGUGUGACCGAAGGUCACUCCUUGCGAAUCGAACCACAGGUCCUGGCAAUGCAGAUCUAUUAUUCAGACUGCUUUUAUACUGUCUGGAACAACGUCAGACUCGUAGACCUCAGAAACUCCACUCUUGAGGAGUCUAUGUGGCGCGCCAGGCGCGUGAGCAGCGAACGUGUUAACUCCACAAUCAAAUUAUCUUUUGUUAAUAAGACAAUUUGAGUUUAAAACUUUUUAUGUCUACUUAAUCUACUGACAACCGUCUUUGUAACGUUUUGACUGGACCCAGACGGGUUUUCAUUAAAUGUUAAAACUUUUAGAGAAAAAGACUGGAGCUAGUUAACUCUUUCGUUACCGAGAAUGACUACAGUUAUCUAUUAUUAAAAUAUCUGUAUAUGUGCUAUAGGUAAUUAUAGUCAUUCUAUGCGUUUGUUAAAUGAGAAAAAACAGCUAAAAUUUUUAAAUGAAAUCUUAUGUGUAAAAUUGAAAGAACUUUAUUGUACUUAUAAAGAUUGUUUUAUUAAAAGUCACCGUAACGAAAGGGUUAUAGAUUAGGUUCUUAUAGACCUUCUUUUCGCGUGCGAGUUGAAAUUCUCGAAAGGUCACAUUUCUUUUUAUAAAUCUCUUUUACGUUACUACACGUCACAACGCCCUGAGACUGCCCUAAUGCUCAUCUCUGGUGCACACUCAUACGUACAUAAAAAACACGUACAGUACAUUGUUCGACUAGAAUCCCAAGAAUGUUUUUGUACACACACAAGUAAUUUCAAGAGAGACGGUCAAAAGCUAGUCAAACAAAUACAAUUUCUAAUUUCUACCACUUUUAAAUGUGUACAGACGUUAUUUGUACAUUAAUUUCGCGCGAUUAACGCAAGAAACAAGGGAAAUGGAAAACGUGCGCGAUCGAAAAAGAACCGAACGAAAUAAAAGGGUAGAAAGAGAGAAAAGGAGGAAAGUAGACGGAGUAAAAAAAUAUGUACGACGAACAGUUUUACGUCACGCAUGCAAAAAAAGAAAAAACAAAAAAAAAUAAGUUGAAAGACUGCUUCCAAACGACUUCAGGAAAUUCGUGCAACGUAGAAUUAUUUCGUACUGAAACGCAGUAUCUAAAUAAAUAUGCGAUCGAUUUUAAAAAAAAGGCAGGACCUGAACUAAAGAAACGCAAAGAGAUAUUAUCCGCAUAUGAAACGAACGUGUAGCAAAGAUAAAAGAACAAAGAAGAGCGUAACGGGAGCGUGAUUCUGCCAAAGAUCGACGGCCGCUGAAAGAAAAUGAAUGUUGCUAAUUCGAAGUAAGAUCAUGUAUGACCCGAAAGAAACGUUGUACUUACACUGUGGUUAUAUCCGCUGAAAAGUGUUUCGAGUCGAUAAUUACGAAAGACUCUCGUUAUAUUGCCGCGGACAAAGGUGCAGUAGAAAACUACUUUGCUGAAAGAAUUUCUCAUUUGAUAUGAUUUACAUGGAUCUCGGGUUCUAGGAUGAGAAGAAACUACCGGUGUGCGCAGAAGUCUAAAGGCGGCAAUAUAACGAGAGUCCGUAUUUAGAUUGAAUCGAGAAACAAUUUCGGCGGAGUGGUAUCGGUGGCUUUCGGCAGAAACACUGCUUAUAUUGCGAUUUGGCAUCGAAUGGAUAAGAGAUCGUUUAAGUAAUAAGUUACCGGUGAAAUUUUUGAAAUUGGCGCGCAAACUGUCCUUUUGAAGAUUUUUUCAUGUGAUUGUAUUUAGAUCGGUUGUCUGACAUUGUUAGUCAUGGAGAUAUCAGAUUUCUAAAUUUAGAAAUUUAGGAAAAUGGUAAUUUGAAAAUUUAGGAACAUAAUUUCAAAUUUUCAAAUUGAUGUGACUACUCAUCACUGUAUAGGUGCAGUUUAUCGAUAGUUUAGAUAACGUCCCUAUCUUUGGCGAGAUCAGAGCUCAAAGAAGUGAUGGUAUUAACAUUGCGUCAUUUAAGACUCUUGUUACAUUGCCAAAAGUUUUUUCCUAAAAACCAUUAGUUUGAUAUGUACGCGCUAUGACAGCGAAUGAACCGCUAGUGCGCAUGCGUCACGGUGGUGGGAGAACCACCGGUGUGCAUGCGUCUUGUAGUGGGGGAUCAGUAGUGCACAUCAACGAUAGCAGAGAGCGUCGCUCAUGGACGUGACAGCUCGUAAACAUGGCAAUGUAACGAGAGUCCACUGUGAUUUGUAAAGUUUAUUACAGAUUGAAAGGUAAAAAUUAUGGAAUUCGUAGUUAAAUUUAUUCUAAUUUAAUUGAUAUUUUGCUACAUACUUAAAGCGUACAAUAAGCAGGAUGUAAAUAACAGACUACUUAAUGCCCACGUCUGUUUAUAAAUCAAUCAUGGAAAUAACGGUAUUUAUAUGAAUUUUAAUGAAUUUGUAUUAUAAUCAUGAAACUGAACGAAUCGAUAAAAUUCUUGAAAUGUAUAAUAGAAUGUUGAAUGAAUUCAGAACACCUUCAAAAGGAUAGUUCACGAAGGACGCGUGUCGUUUCAAGUUUCUAUAGAAUAAUAAAUUCAGUCGAGUUAUAUCCACGAUUCAGAACUUAUCCAUUCGUUGUGUUUGCUUUAAAUCCGCUUUAGAGAAGAAUUUGUACCACGACGGACGAGUAAAGUUGUUAGAACGCUGCUAUAGCAUAUAAGAUAUUCUCUUUGGCCGGAUGCUUGUGUUUCGACAACCACUUUUCAACGCAAGUAUCUAUGUGCGUCGUGUAUUUGGAGUAGCGUGAAAUGUGUAGUAAUUCGAAGGAACGUUAACACGUUGAAUGCCAUAACGGCCAGUGGUGGUCGCCAUGACGGUAAAACAGAUUUUCGGUAAUAUUAUUUUAUUUACACAAGGAGAGCUUUAAUUUCUGAAUUGUAUAUAUUAUGUCUAAUCUAUCAUGUAAUUGCAGGUAAAAAAUUUUGCAGUACUAAGAUUAUCAAAUUUUUAAGUAUAAAGAAAAAUGUUAACUUGCAAGUUUUACAAAAUGUGCCACCAUUAAGUUAAAAAGUGAAUUUGAAUAAUUGCAAAUGUAGAGUUGCAUUACUGGUUGCUGUGAACAACACCCUAAGUAUUUCCACUAUGGAGCUAACUUGGUCAAACCGUGACAAAUAUGGUGUCAAUUUAGGACGUCAACAUAUUAACGUAUAGAAUCUAUGGUGCAUCCCUAGUGGAGAUAACAGAAGUCAUGAAAUGCUGCUCUAAAAUAUAGCACGCCGUACUACAUACGUCCGUUUCCAUUGCGGCAUUUAACGUGUUAAGAAAAGGAAAAAUAUGUCGGCCAGCGACGUGUAUCAAAGCAAGUUUCCGGCCGAAAGCGUCAUUGACGAUAUGUAAGCCCAGGUAGCAACAAACGGUGAUCCGUCGACUGAUUUGCUUUUUUUCGUCGAGCUAGGAGAUAAACUAGGAAGUUGAUUAGGUAUGUUUUUGUAAAAGCGAAGAAACAGAAGCAGCUAGAAAAGUGAAAACGAAAAUCUGUGUAAUCGUGUGUGUGGUACUUGCCUCCAUUUCCCCAAAAGGAGGGAGAGCUUUCCUGCUCUUUCCGAAGCCUGGUCCAGACCUGUCUAAUGUGCAAAAAUGACACGAGUCGUACGUGAUGCUUUUAAAUUUUUUUCAAUGAAAAAUUUGAGAUACAAAUUGUCAUCUAGGAUGAUGGUGGGUCUGGAUUAGGGUUUAAGGCGUGCUUUGGUUGGCAAACGUGAAUACUGUGUGUAACUCGAAUGUGAAAUAACGAAGGUGCACGUAAAUUCAUGCUGGUGUCUCUAACCUAGAUUUUUUUGUAUCAGUAAGGAACAUUUACGAUUUAAUCUUAUUAAUAUUUCCCAUUCUUUGGACAUUUUUAAGUUAUCUCUUGAGUGAAACAUUUUAGAAUAUCUCGACAAUGCGGUUGUGAAACAACCGCGAAUUGCUUAUUAAUACACGAAAUGUAUUUCACUUGAUUCGGAUAAAAGCGAGACAGAAUUUUCGCGAACGUAAAGAGUGAUUUUGACAAGCUGAGUUUGAUGAUAGGUAAUUGUUGCGUGGAUUAAAAUGUCCAUCGAAUUUUCGUCGAAAAAAGAAAAGAAUGGAUUGAGAGUAUAUUGCGUUGUCGCCAAAGAAUGCCUCUGCUACACAGCGCCUUCUGUUAUUAAGAGACGUAGCUUUUGAAUUGUCAGAUUGCUAACUGGGAUAUUUUAGUUACGUAAGCUGGAUAACUUGUAAAAAUGCAAUUUUUGUACUGUUAUAACGUUAAAUAGACGAAGGUAUACUGACGUUGUAGCGUGAAAGAACAUUUUUCAAUAAAAAAUUUUUCAUACGCAGA